AGCUGAAAGUGCCGAGACCAAGUUCCGCACAGAGGAAACAAAAAAGAUACGCUUUUAUUUUCUGCUUUAUCCGGACAACAAAGUGGAAGCAUUAUUUUUUUUUUACCGAUCUUUUCCUUCUUUAACUGCGAACACCUUUCGUAUUCAUUUCUCCCUUUUCUGUUGGUGUUUGCCAUUUCAACUACGCGAAGCAUCCGUGUAAGUGCGCCUCUUCAACCACUUCAGUGAAGUGGAAAGUAUAUAUAAUCACUUAUUUUUAGUAUACCAUCUGAAACCUCGAACGAAUGAGCGGGGAGUCAUCGCAGCCGUCGAAUGGGGAGCGGCUGUUCUUCCUCUACGGCUCCGAGACUGGCAACGCGGAGAGCAUCGCGAAGCGACUGCAUCACGACGCUGUCAACACACACGGAUUCACGCAGGCGGCCUGCAUGAGCCUGAACCAGUUUGUCGCCAAGAAGGUGCUGGAUGAGCACCUUGCGGACGACGUUGCGGUGCCACUGUGCCUCGUCGUGGUUUGCAGCACCACCGGCGAGGGCGAGCCGCCGCUGAACGCGUCACGCUUUCGCAGGUGGCUGCGUAACACCAGCGGCACGCUACACAAGGUGCGGUACUGCGUCUUGGCGAUCGGUGACACGAAUUACAACAGCUUCUGUGCUCCAGGUAUUUCUGUGGACAACAAGCUGAACGAGAUGGGCGCGGUGCGGUGCUACCCCCGCGGUGAGGCGGACGAUGGCGUGGGCCUGGAGUUGGUGGUAGACCCGUGGACGGAAAAUGUGUGGUCAGCGCUCAAGAAGGGCAACAGCAGCACCGGUGAGACGGAGGCCGUUGGGCGGGAGAAGUAUCAGGCUGCAGAGCCACGCGUUGACAUGUCUGUGGCGCAGGAGGCGGCUAUUUUGUACUCCAACGCGUCGCAGCUGUGCUCCGUCGCGGCCCUCUUUCUGUACGAACGCGUUGUGGAACUGGGCGGGAAGGCCGACCUCUACCCGAUUCAGUACUUUCAUCCAAGGACAAGCCUGGUGCGGCCGCCAAAGGUGUUGCUCUUCAUUGUGGCGACCGACGCCGAUGAGGGCGUGCUGUGUGAGAAGUGCGCGUGCCAGCCGCAGCAACUGCCUCCCUUGGGGCCCUUCAGUACGUGGCUGAGCAGCAGCAGCGGCAGCGACUCCUCUGUCGUCCCAGCAGACGCGGCAGAGGUGCAAGGAUGGAUGGCAGACCCCUCGAUUCGCUUCUUCAACUCGUUGGUUAUUGCGCCGAAGAAGGAGAGCGCCGGUCGGGCGCAGCAGCUGGACGCUAACCUCAAAACCGCUGCCACGCUCAGCAAGUUGGAGUUUCUGUGUCGCCGGCAGUCCUCUGGCGAAGUACCAUCCGUGGCGGUCACCGAUGACGAUGCUUUUUUCUGGGUGGAGGGCGUGCUGGACAGCCUGCCUGGUGUGACCGCCACCGCCGACACGAUUCACAGCACGAUGGAGUACUUCUUUGAUGAUCGCGUUGGGGCUGAGUUUCGCAGAGGUGUGGUGUCAGGAGACGUCGGAUACACGCAGAAGGACGGCAGCGCGAGUGAGCAGGAGUCGGCAGCCACCACCACCACCACCACCGGAACACGCCGUCGCUACCGACUGCACGAGCGGGACGAGGGCCGCAGCAGCACCACUGACGGUGCAGGAAGUUCGCACUCGCCUCAGCCGGUACUAUCGCCACCGCCGCAGCAGCAACAAGAGCGCGCACAGGAUGGGACGCUGCGCAAGACGCACCAGGUUCUGGACGACCUGCUCACACCCGUCGUCUUUCUCUACUCUGAUAAAUCAAAGUACGUGAAGCAGUGUGCGUUGGACGUCUUCGGCGCAGCCGGUCAGCAUCACCUUCGCAGCUCCGUGUGCGAAUUGAGCAACUUCCGCCAGACGGGCUUCCCGCGACGUGCUACUUUUGUCUUUGUCGUCUCCGGUGUGCUGACCAAGUCGAUGGUGCGUGUGCUGAAGGUGCUGCGGACGAUGCAGGCGCAGGGCAAGCAGGUGGACGGCGUCCACUUCGCUAUUCUCGGCAUCGACAAGUCCACCGAGAGCGACAAGUUCAACGCUUGCGCGCUAGAAUUGGAGACGCUGCUGCUCGAGAUGAAAGCCACCAAGAUUCAUUGCACCGGCUUGGCGGACAUGGACUGCGGCAGCCUUCUCCCCAUCAUCCAGUCAUGGGAGUCGAAUCUGUGGAGCGCCAUUGUACACCCCAUGAAGAGUGUGGCUUAUUUGGACAUGGCCUCCCCGAACAUUCAGGUCCACCAAACUUUCUCUCCGUUGACAGGUGUGCCACCGGGCAUGAGCGGAGCCGCUGCCGCUGCGAUUGCCGGCGCCGGCGCAGGGGACAGCGACGGCAACGGUGUGCCACGCGGAGCAGAGAGCACGUUAUAUCCUGUUGCUGGGACAGUGCUGAACUCCUUCUCCCUCCCAACAGCAGACAGCAUUACGGCCGAGUUGGCUCGGAAGGCACCGUCGACGGCGUCACCGAUAGCCGCCGCGGUCGACGCACUGCCUGGCAGCAGUGGUGUCCGAGGUGCGAACUCCGUUUUGCUCUCCUCAGGCGAGGGCACCGCGAAAGUCCCAAUGACGGCAACCGGCGGCCUUGCGAUCGACCUCGGCAGCUCACUUUUUCCGUGGGACAUCGUUCCACUGCACAAGGCGAACGCGCAGCGCACGCCCGUCGCUUUCCUCUACGCGUCGGCGGGUAUGUCCAAGACGAUGGCCCUCAACGCGAUGCAGACCGCGGCAGAGAAAAGGUUUCCCGCUGUCCUGCACUCCUUCGCGAAUUAUCAGCUGAUCGACUUCCGCGCGUAUCCAAACCUCAUUCUCUUCUGUGAAGCCGGCCCUGACGGCCAGUCGAGUGGCGGUCGCCGAUUCAAGAAAUUUCUCACACACCCGCUGCACCGUCCAGACGACCUCUCGUACGUGCGCUUUGCUGUGCUGGGUCUCGGCGCCACCCCCAGUAACGUCGUCCACCCUGCCUUUUUGUGGGCAAAGCUGCUGUCUCGCCUGCAGGCCAACCGUGUCUUUCCGGUGGUGAUUAUGCCGUCCAUGUCGCAGCUGCACUCUCUCGGUAUUCCGUGGGCGGAGUGCGUUCUCGCCUCCAUGGCCCUGAUACCAACGACAACAGCGCAGCCAGCGGACGCAACAAGGGAAGGGUUAGCGCCAGCACCCGACGGCAACCACCCGCCAGACGAGCAGCAACGGCAACAGCAGCAGCAUCGCGCUUCUCCCAGUACUGCUCCCCAUGAUAGCGAAAACGACAGCGUUGCUGCUGUUACCAUCAAUCCACAGCGGAGCAUUCUUUUCUUAUUCGGCAGUUCUACGGGCAUCACUGAGUCGAUUGCGCGCGACUUGCACCGCGAAGCACUGGAGCGCGGCUUCCACUCUCGCAUCGCAGCACUGCAGUACUUUCAGAAGAUGAGCUUCCUCUCCACGGCGAAUGUCGUGUUGGUGUGCAGCACCAUCCCAACCGCGCCGGGUGGCUUUCCGCGAAACGCACGCAGUUUUGCCCGCUACGUGCUCGCACAAGAUCAGCCCGUCACGCUGCUGAGUGGGACUUCAUUUGCUGUAUUGGGUGUGGGAAACGGUUCCGCCACGCUGCAGGGACCGACAUCCUACUGCCGCACCGCCGUCCGUUUUGACCGGCGCAUGGCGGAACUCGGCGGGCACCGGCUCUGCGAGGUGGGCACGGUGGACGCCUCUCAGGCCAUCGCGCAGCCCGUCGAAGAGUGGCGGCAAGCGAUGUUCGCGGCGUUGGAGGCCCGUGCGGCGGCGCAGCAAGCUGUGGAAGCAGAGGAAGAGCAAGAUGAGGCCCAGUACCGUGAACUGCCGCUGCCGCUUCCCAGCUCCGCGAACAACGGCAGCGGUGGAGGUGGUGUGUGCGCGGCGGCCCUGGAGAAGCUUGGCGGACUAAAAGCAGAAAGCGCGGCGAACAGCUCGGUGGUUGCGGUGGCGGACCGAUCGCGGCUGCGACCACAGCGGGCCAUGAUCGCCUACUGCUGUACACCGACGAGUGUGGUGGAGGAGCUCGCCGAGCACCUGGUUCGUGUGAUCGAGGAGUCCACACCGAUGGUGCCGACGGUGUGUACGAUGAACGACCUGCUGAAGCGAAACUGGCGCAGCGAGUUUGAGAUGCUCAUCUUCGUGGCGGGCCAAAACUCCGAGGCCGAGUAUCCAAUGAACGGGGCGACCUUUGCACGCGUUCUGCGCCAGCGCACCGCGCCGCUGGACAUGUUCGCCUACGUCUCGUACACCGUACUCGCGGUGUCAGACAGUAACUCGACGCAGUUCUUCAUGGGCCGGCAGCUGGAUCGCCGUCUCGAGGAGCUGGGCGGCACUCGCGUGUACGCGCGCGGCGAGGUCGUGGACUCCUUUCGACUGGAGCGCACCGUGGAGAAGUGGCUGGCGGGGCUGACGAACCUCUUGACGUCGAUGUGCGAGAAUGCGGUGAGCAACAGCGACCUGGAUGAGGCGGACGAGGUCGAAGGUGGUGGUGGCGUUGACGGUGGAGUGCAAAGGACUGCGACAGCAGCGGCAGCGAAGGGCAAGGUCCCUUCCGAGGUGAACGCCGGGAAGCUGCUUCGCUCCUUACACCGCACCAACGACGUGGCGGUGAUGCAGCGUGAGAAAAGGACAAGUAAAGGACGAUCUACCGCAGCUGCUGUUGUGGGUGUGCAAGGCGGCACCGGCGAAACGUCGUCAGACGGGAUGGAGCCUACAGCGGCCACCUCGAGAGCGGAUUGUGAUCGAGUAAAGGCAAACAACGGACGUGAGGACGGCGGCGAGGAUCCGCAGAACCGCUUUUCCUCUGAGGCAGACGCAGAGAGCCGCGUCAGCGGUGUUGCCUCGUCCUCUCAAGACUGGCGGACAGAGUCGUCCAUGGUGAACCGCAUUGCCUACAGCGCGAACAACGCCGGCGAUCGCGUUGACGGUGUCGUGCAGUCGUGGAAGCUGCUGACCUCGCCCCAAGCGGAGCGACCCGUGCUGCAGUUGAACCUGUCGGUGAGUGCAGAGACGCAAUGGUCGCCCGGUCAGACGGUGGCCAUUCUCCCCUCCAACAACUCCACGGAGGUCGAGGCACUGCUGCAGCUCUUUAAGGUACCGCAUCACGAGCCUUUCCAUCCUUUGUCGAUGACUGGCACAGAAGCCUCCUGCUUCCCCACCUCACCACUCUAUGACGCUGUCGAUUUCCCCGUGAGUUGCGGUACGAUUCUGCUGCGGUACGUCGAUUUGCGCGUCACGAGAAGUCACAAGCCGUUUAUCCAACUUCUCGAAAAGAGCGCACCCAACGAACUGGACAGAGCAGCGGUGCAGCAGUACUUUCAAGCCUUUUCGUCCGAGCGUACCCCGCGGGCGUUGCUGGAAGUUCUCGAAGCCUUUCCUCAUUGCAUUCCUCCUUUCCGCCACGUCGUGGAAAACCUGACCUUGAUGCAGCCGCGGCAGUACUCUAUUUGCAGCUCGCACCAGGCCGACGCCACGACGCUGUCGAUUUGCUUCAAGUUUGUAGAAAAAGGCUUGUGCACUGGAUGGAUGUGCGAGCAGUGCCUGUGGGCUUCGAAGCUCCCGGCGUUCGCCCUGGCACGCCUGUGUUGCACGAAAAACGACGGCAACGCGUGCGGUCAACGACGCGACAUCAUUACGUGCGAGCUGGUGCAGCCGAACACGCUCAUCGCAGCAAAACGGCGCGUGUUAAUUCCUUUCGUGGUUCGCCGCGCCUCGGAGUUCCGUUUGCCACGCGACCCGCUCAUCCCAAUGGUGCUCAUCGGCCCGGGCACCGGCAUUGCACCCUUUCGCGCCUUCUUGCAGGAGCGAGAAGCGUGGCUCACGCAGCGACAGCAGCAGUGCGGAUCCACUUGCCUGAAAGGUCAGCUAUGCGGCUGCCCCUACGCGGAAGCAAGUCACACGAGCCACGCCAUCUGCGGCAGCAUCGACCUCUUUGACGGGUGCCACCGCCGGGGCGAAGACUUCCUCUUCGGUGACGAGCUGCGACAAUGGGAGGAGGACGGGGUGCUGCACUCCAUGACGGUGGCCUUCUCACGAGAGCCGAAUGAGGGUGGCUUUUGGUAUGGUGGGUGCUACGUGCAGGACAAGAUGCGAGAGUGCGCGGUGGCACUGAUGGAUUUGAUUUUGCAACGCAAUGCGCACUUGUUUGUCUGCGGCGAUGCGGAUGGCAUGGCGAAGGAGGUACACGCCACGCUCCUUGAACUCAUUCAGCAGCAUCUGUCUCUUUCAGACGCUGCAGCGGCGGAGUAUUUGGAGCAGCUGAGCAAAGACGGACGCUACCUGCGUGACGUGUGGUCCACCAGUUUUUAA